AUGUCCAUCUCUGCCAACAUUGACAACCAUGUCAUGCUCUUCAAGGGCGUCGACUACAACGUCUGGGCCGAUCAGAUGCAGACGUACCUCGAGUUCACUGGGUUGUGGAACUACACCAGAUCCUCAUCCCAGUCGCCCAUCGAUCCCGGUGAGAGUGCCUCCAACAAGGAGAAGAACUCGUAUCGUGCCGAACUCAAUACCCGUGUGUAUAACGAGGGAACCACGAAGUGCAUGGGUGCCAUGAGGCUUCGCCUCCAUCCAGACAUCAGGAACCAUCCCGAUAUCAAGGUGUGCGUCGGUCCCUUUACUCUUUGGAGUAAAAUCCAAGAGUUGUAUGGGAAACCCGGUCUUUCGGUCAUUUACUCUGACUUCAAGCAAGCAAUCUAUUUCGCAUGGGAUGGGAAUCUCGAUCCUCGUUCUGAGAUCGCGCGCUUCCAAGUCAUUCUUUCUCGCUUGACUGCCAACAAAGUUGAGCUUCCCGAAUUCGUAAAGGGAAUGCUCCUUUUGUCGUCACUUCCUCAAAAGUACGAUAACGUAGUCAGCCUUGCAUUGCAGACUUUGAAGGACAUGAAGGACAUCAAAGUCGAUGCCAUCACUCCUCUUAUCAUCACUGAGAAUGAGAGGAAGUCCACCAAACUAUCUGUCAACAAGGCAACUCGUGUCAAGCAGAAGAAGAGUAACCCCAAGUACAAGGACCAAAAGAAGCAGUCCGAUGCGCCUCAGACCGAGCAGCAAGGACAGUCCAAAUCCAACAAGGAUAAGAAGAAGAUCAAGUGUGGCAAGUCUUCUGGCAAGAACAAGCAACACGAGCACGUUCACGCCGCCGUCGCUGAUUCUGAUUCUGAUUCCAAUGGACCCUCCUACAUUGCUUCCGCUGCAUUCCUCGGCUCCCACGUCAUCGAUCUCAUCCCACACACUCCGGCCCCCUCGACUGCAUCCAUCGCCAACUUCACCAAAGAUGGCAUCUCUGUUGACAAGCGCCCUAUCAAUCUUCCGGCAAAGGCUUUCACCGUUGCCACUGCCAAGAAGAUGGAAGAAACUCCGGUUUACUCCAAAUUCGAGAGCAUCGCUCAGGCACAGAAGAUCUGCGAAACUCAUGGAGUGCCCAAGACCGCUCGCAACCUCACUGCGGUUCUGGACAUACCCAGAGUAUCACUUGCCAAAUGCCUCGAAUCCCCUCCUCCUGCCAAACGACCUUGA